CAUUAUUACUACCAUUAUAGGUUCCAGAAUAAUAGCAUUUGAGUUUCAGUCUAUAAUAAUCCCAGUCUUUUAAUUUUAUUUAAAUUUUUGAAUUUUUAAAUAAAGAAAAAGAAAAACAAUUUGUAGGAGUACCAGUAGCAACUAGCAUGGAUGGCUGAGUUGGCUGGGAAGGGACGGCUUUGGUAAUUGAGUGAGACCUAUUUUACCAUUGUCCUGUGCUGUGGGGAGUACGAAGGAGGUGGACUGCUGGAGUGGCCCUGCUUUGGUGGGUACUGCUUAGAAAGAGACUCUUUGCUUAUUUGGUUCCAUCUCCUUCCUUCCUUCCUUCUUCCUCCCUUAUCUAGCUACCAAUCUUUCGUGUUCUUCUUGUUCUACUCUAUAGACUUCUUGUUUCUUGAUUAAAUUUCUAGAGAGACAAGGAUAGAUAAAAGUGCAUACACAUAGAUGGGAAAUUGUCAGGCCGUGGAUGCUGCAGCACUGGUAAUACAACAUCCAAGUGGAAGGAUAGACAGGAUGUAUUGGCCUGUGACUGCUAGUGAAGUCAUGAAGAUGAAUCCUGGUCAUUAUGUUUCUCUCAUAAUUCCGCUGCCUAUGACUGGUGGUGGGGAGAAUUCAGACGAUAAAACGGUUCGGUUCACUCGGGUAAAGCUUCUGAGGCCUAGCGAAACUCUAGUUCUUGGCAGAGCUUACAGACUGGUCACAACUCAAGAGGUUAUGAAAGUAUUGAGAGCAAAGAAGCAUGCAAAGAUGAAGAAGAACCAGGCAGAAUCCAUUGUCAAGUUGGAAGCACAACCAGAAAUGCAGGGUUCAAGCGGCGGGGCAGAAACAGGGAAGUCUGAACUGGACAACAACAACCGUCAGGUGACAAGACAUGAAAAGCAAUGGCAGCGGGCAGGAUCAACAAACAUUGGCAGGUCUAAAUCAUGGCGGCCCUCUUUGCAGAGCAUUUCCGAGGCUGCAAGCUGAGGUGUCUUCUGUUCAUAGCGACGGAAUACAGUUCAAGCGGAAUGAACUAAAGUGAAUUCCAAUAUCCGUACACCGUUUCACUCUUUCAGCCGUAGAUGCUCAGUAAUCAUAUCCAUGUAUAAUAGAUAGGAGAGCAAUGAGAACUGACACUGUUCGAUGACAAAUGCUAUAUCAUAAUGAACCUGCAAAUUACUUCUCUACUUAGUUCUCUCGGUUGAUCGAAAAGGAAACAACGGAUGGAAAUAUUGGUAGUUGGUACACCACAAAAAGACUAUCAUUUCUCUGGUGUAGAGUUCCAAAUUUCCCAGUCGCGGUCAAGAAAAUUUUGAGCCCAUAACAAGGAUGUUCGUGCAGCUAAAGGCGCUCCGGGAAGUUUCUUCUCCUUCAGUGCCACCAUCAUAUCAGUGAAAGGCUCCACCAACAAUGUUCCAGGUCCUCCGUACUCCGAGUACAGAAAUUCGCUAAAUAUCUGAUGUGAUAAAGAAACAGGUUUAAAAGGAGUCGCUUGGAAGUUGGAACCAUUAUUCUUAAGCCAUUCAACACUUGGUAAUCAAGGGCUUAGCUUUACUACUAGACAAUUGCUGGCAGAAAUUGUCAAAUCCAACUGGAAAAAGGUUAGAACUGCGGUUUGUCUGGUUUUAAGAUCAGAUAUUUCUUCUAAGAUUCAAUCAACGAUAUCUAGGUCAAAACAAGACAGAUCCCCAAGGAAAAGAUGUUUCAAGUUCAUAAUAGGGAGUAAUUUAAUGGUUCUGCAAGCAAUUACUUCGCCA